AUGACCCACACAACCACAACCGUCACCACCCGCACUACCCGCUCCCAACCAGCCCAUCACCACCAUCGAAAACCAAGCAUGGGCGAUAAGAUCAGUGGUGCUUUAUUAAAACUAAGAGGAAGUUUAACUAGACGUCCUGGUUUAAAGGCAGCAGGAACGAGAAGAAUGAGAGGAACGGAUGGGAAGGGUAGUCAUCAUGUUGCUGCUUAUUAG